GUGACAAAGGCGAUGCUGAAGAAAGAGGACAUAAGUGGGGCAUCGCGCCUGCUUCGAACCGUGGUGCGGUGGCAUCUCCUACCUCCCAUGGAGAUUUGCAACGAAUUGCUCCGCUUGCAAGGAAAGCAACGUCGGGUGGACGCCAUGUUCGCCACGUUGGAUCUGAUGCGGGAGGGUGGGGUGCACCCUGAUACUGACAGCUACCAGCACCUGGCCAACACCCUGGUCCGCUCGGUGCAC